AUGGAUCACCAUCACAGCAAGGUAAAUGUUAGGGAACAAACCUGCUCAGAAUGGCUGGAGGCGGAAAUGAUCAGCUCAGAGGCGGAGACAGAGGACCAGAGGGGAGAGAGGGGAGAGCGCGAUGGUGAAUCAAGACCAGAAUUCAUGAGGCAAGAAAGCUACUCGACGGAUGAUUUCACCAUUACAGCAGACGUCGUGUACAUUGAGCCAGAUCGCCUUGCUAUCGAGGAGCACCUCCAUCAAGCACCGAUCGAGCAGCUUAACCACCCCUCAACCAUCUCGCAUCAGUUUCGCCGCUUGCCUCAAGUAGACCAUCCCCAUGAGGUGAUUUACAGCGAAGACAUGUUCGCGGACAAGAAAGCAGGAUGGGAGCACAAGAUUGUAAGUGAACACGCAAUGGAGGCGUCACUCCACGACAACUCAAAUGGCUCUACCGCGCAGGUUGGAGCUACGAGGAACCAUUACUACCCAUCGCCAAUACCCAAGCGGAAGGACAUACUGACGGUCACGGCUCCUGAUGGAGUAAUCAUGAGCAAAAGAGCAAAUUCUACAUCGCCCAAUCACAAUUUCAAAAUUUAUGGCGAUUAUGACUUAUCUCCUAACGAAUCGUAUGUGAGCAGCUUUCAUAUUUCUCCUCAUGUAAGACGUGCAACCCGGGAUAUCGAAGAUGCCACCAAGAGCCCUGAUAGGAGGAUCUUUGACAUGGUCGCAAAUCAUCGCGGAAAUUUGCGACCCGAUGCCCAAAGACCUUCAAUUGUGCCUCCGCUAAUGCUGGACUCCAUUGAGAAACUAUCGUAG